AUGCAACGAGCGGGGCCCGGGACGGGACCGCCACCGGCUGACGGCGGGCGCCUUCCGGCUGACCGUCCCCGCAGGGAGGGACACGCGUCGAGCGGCGCCGCGGCCGCACGGCACGAGAUCGCCUGCACUCGCGGGCCUCCGCCGCCGGAGGGCCCACCGAGCGCUCGCCCCCACCAGCAGGCAGGCAGUCGAGCCAGAGGACGGCUGGCGGACAACAGCACUGCCGGUGCGCGUUCGAGGAGAAAAGGCCAUCAAGGGGAGGAGAGGUGCUGGAUGCAGCGCCACGCGUGCCAGAGACCGCGGCAGCGGGUUGAGGAGAGAGAGCGCAGGUGGGCCCCAGGGGCCGCGAUCCCGCGGCUGAGGAAGGGCAGAGAGGGCGCACUCUCUGCUGGCGUCGCCCAUUACGGCGAGGCGAGCGGGUGGGCCCCCAUGGGCCAUGGACAGGGGGGGACAGGGCACCCCUCCCUGGCGCAGCACGGUUUACCCCCGCGGCGCGGGCGGGACAACGACAGCGACGGAGGAGCGCAGCCGGUGGCAACGGGACAACCACUGCAGGGGAUCGGUGGGAGUAGCUGCUCCCCACCCCUCAGUGGCACCCCGCAUGGCCACCGCCCGGUAUGCCUGCCGCCACCGCCGCCGGCGGGCCACGCUGAGCCGCCCAAGUCUUUAAACUGCCGCCUGCCCCCGCCGGCCCCUUUUGGCAAACCCACAGCAUUUGACGAUGCCGAGGGAAAAAAACUGGGGGGACCGCCGAGGCGCGGAGCGCUAGGUACCUGGCCCUGGGGCGAGGGAAACGACCUGCAUGGCCCCACCGGGGUGCCUCCCCUGCUGCUGCCUUUGGGGAGCGUACACUGGCGGGGGCGCGCCUGA